UCAGGUUCUUCACGUCUGUGCAGAACAACACGAGCUGAUCUUCUCUGUGCUGCAGGAGUGUGUGAGGUGCUGCCGUCUUGAAGGCGGGACUAAACUCUCUGCAGAGGCGUCUCAUUGGUCAGAGGGCCGUGAUGGACAGGUUAGGGGACGCCCGAUUGGUCCUGCUGCUGCUCUUCAUGAGUCACAUGACCACUGCGCUGGAGGUUCCUCUGGACCUGCCGCAGCCACCCACAAUCACCCAUCAGUCCCCGAAGGAUUACAUCGUAGAUCCUCGAGAGAACAUCGUCAUUUACUGUGAGGCCAAGGGAAAACCACAUCCCAGCUUCUCCUGGACCAGGAACGGGACUCAUUUCGACAUCGAGAAGGACCCGAAGGUGAUCAUGAAGCCUCACACUGGAACGCUGGUCAUCGAUAUCAGCGGCGGGGAGAAGACGGAGGCGUAUGAGGGCGUUUAUCAGUGCGCCGCGCACAACCAGCUGGGCACGGCUGUCUCCAGCCACAUACACAUCCGCCAGUCCA